AUGACUAAGAUUUGUGGCGGUCAUUGGAACUGCAGCCUAUCAGAUGUUUUAUUGCUGACGUCUGGGAAGGAGGGGCCUUUCAAUUUUAUCUAUAGAGCCAUGGAAUAUAACGGGGUACAAGAACAACAUGCAGAUAAAGACCACAUACAAAACGGAUCCGUAAGCACCGAAUCUGAAUGCACGAAUAAUGAUACAGAUAUCACUCGUCCGAAUAGUGCUGAUAGUUCGCAGCAGCAGAAUACUAAUUCAUGUCAAAGUUCAAGUGCUGCCAUUUCAGUGGAAGAGCGUUUACGAAGAGUGCGUGCUGCGGAGCAGCUCAGGCAGCAACAGAGGUAUGCCGCAUACGUUGAAGCCCAACGCCAAGCGGAAGUGGCGCGAAUGCGUUUACAAGAAGAACGUAAACGUAAGAUUGAAGAAAUGCGACAAAAAGAACAAAAGCGUCGAUUAGACGCCUUAGAACGUCGUGCAGCCCUGGAGAUGUCAAAUCAGGCACGAAUUGAUGCUAUACGUGAACGCUCUGCAAUCCGUUUUGGAAACAGUACCACUGGCCGCAGGCUUGCAGAAAAGAGAAAUUGUGGACGCACGGCAAGCGCUUCUCCUUCACUGGGUGUCACGAGGAAUCCAAGCAGCCUAAUGACUGCUUCUUGUGUAGUGGCGUUUGGUAGUAGUUCCCCCAGAUCUAUAUUAGUGCCGAACAGAUCCAAUUCAUCAAAUGAAUGUGAUAAGAUUGGUCGUCCAAAUCAUCGUGGCUUCUUGAAUUCUCACCGACCGACCACACCCACGGUUCCUACGGAUACUAUACGACCUAUUAAAAAUCUUCAAAUGACCAAACGGAACAACAAUGCCCGCAUACCUCCCUUAAUGUCUAAGUCGGUUUCUGGAGAUAGCUUACAUCAGCGUACUAGGGCGAAACCCAUACUUCCGUCUAAACCCCGCUCACCCCCGACCAGCACAUCAAAGACUCAGGAGUUGGAGACGGAUCUUACCAAUCUUGCGCCUCCACCCGAGUCCGACAAUUUAGAAAAUAACACUCAAAUGACAGAUAAUACUGCCUCUAAUACGAAGCCUGCGGAUAAAUCUGUGCCGUCUGUCUCUGCAGAAGUUACAAAUAGCGUGGAGCCGGCACCAAACGUUAUUCCACAAGUAGGCCCAAUUACGGCUGAAACUCAUCGAUCGGGAGAAGGCGCUGUUCUGCCUAAGAACGAGGCGGCGAUUUAUCGAGCUAAGUUGGUGGAACAACGUCGGUUAGCAAAAGAGCGAAUGGAGGAAGAACAAAGACGAAUGGAGGAACAAAAUCGUACAAAAAAAGAACAAGAAAGACUAGCUGCGGAGGAAGAGGAGCGUUUACGGAAAGAGGAAGCUCAACGAGCCAUAGAAGCUAGGAAAGCUGCUCAACGUCAGGCUGAAGAAGAACUCCUCAAGAAGAAACAGCAAAUUGAAGAAGAGAGGGUGAUGCUUAAAAAGAAACUGGAUAGUAUUAUGUCCCGUGUUAAACGCCCUGUUAGCACCAGACCUGUGAGUGCGGCUGAUUUACCUGCCGCCACCAUUGGCGAAAUGGAUAGUUCAAUCACAUCCGCACCUGCUGUUAACGGUACUCAAACCGUUAACUCGAAGGAAGAGGUCACUACUCAAGACCUGAAUGCCGUGGCGAAUAAUCUCGUCACACCCACAGUCAACAAUGAUAAACAGGUAGAAUCUCGGUCUACGUUUGAAAUACCGAAUACUGUUGUACGCCCUCCGUCAGAGAAUGAUACUGAAAUUCGUGCCGGAAGCAGUUCUACGGACACAGAAGAGCCUCAUCCUAUUGAUUCACUAACGUCUCAAAUUAGUUCACUGGAAGUAAACCAGAAUACUCAUCAAACUGCACAGGUCAAACAACAGUGUGCUAAUGCACCUAUCUUCAAGUCUGCCCUAUUACAGUCUAUGCUUGGUGGAGGUCGUUUGGCAACACGUGCAAAGGAUGCUGUAGCAGGUUUAAGACGUAAUCCACCUUCAGUAAAUGAAGAUGCUCUCAAAUCCAAUAUUUGGCGUAUACCUAAUAAUCAGGAUGGUGCUUUACUUAACAAUACUAUACAUGAGGUCGACGAAGAUUCACUUACAAAAAGUAUUGUUUCCGUUCAGCGAUCAUUCCAGGACGCAUCGCAAAAUGGCCACGAUAACCUACCUCAUUGCAACGGAUCAAAUGGUAUCGAAAAUUCUAUUACCUCUCAGCGGCCUAAUGAAGAAGCUUCCGAACUCGAAUCUAUGCCUAGUCUUCCCUGCGAGUCAACUAACCCUUAA